UCUAUUAUGUGUGAGACUGUACCAUUUUUCAGAAAGUAUUGUGGUUUUAUUUCAUUACAACUUGGAUUGCUUUUUAUAAGCAUACAAAGUAUUGUAACUGGUGUUUUAGGGCUAUCUAUAAUAGAAGUACAAACGAACAUGGAUUAUACUCAAGCAAAGAAUUUCACAGAAUUACUACGAUCAACGGGUGCAAAUCAUGUGCUAACAAAUCUUGACACCUCAAUAACUUAUGGAUUUACUUUGAUAUUCUUUGUGUACAUAUUUUUGGGUGUCAUUUUACUUAUUGCGACAUUUUGGGAUAAUGAAUCAUUACUUCUGACAUUUGUUUGGGGCACAUUUUUGAAUGUAGCUUUUGGAUAUUCCAUUCUUGGGGGACUGGCGAUAGUAUGCAUAAUGGAGGAUACGUGUUUGUUCAGCUCUAUGGACUGGAUAUCAGCCUCCUUGGUUUUCAUACUAAUGGUAUUGUUUUUCACUCUGUGGUUGUAUUAUGGAUUUGUCGCACACAGUUAUGUCGAAGAUAAGAAAAAUUUUACCGAAGAUAAUAAUAAUUAA